AUGAGGCUGAUUGCUUACUGGAAUAUUGUUGUGAUGAGGUUGGUUGACAAUAUGGCUCUGCAUCUCCAGCUCAGCAUCCGAAACUUUGUGAACAAGGAGAUGGAAAAGGAGAUUGUUACUAAUGCGUUGUUGGGCACUGGUGGUGGUGUUGCAGUAGAAAGAAUGUUAGAGGAACCUCCAUCUGUUGCUAGCAAGCGUGAGAGGCUGAACACAAGUAUCAAGUUGUUGAGGGAGUCUAAAGAGGCCUUUAAAGACACAGAAGAUGACCUUGGAAACAAUGGCUUUCGGUUCAACAAAGAUCUGCCCAAAGUUGGUGCUGAAGCUUUAACCAUGAAUCUCCGAGUUCUUCUUCCUAAAGUUAUACCACUGUCAGAGUUGCUCCGCUAUCGAAUAAGCUAUUAUCGAAAUAAAAUAAUGAAGCGGCCAGCUCCUACGGAUGCAGGACUUGGUUUGGAUAUCAAGUCUGGAAUCGACCACUUCUGUGUACACCCUAGUGGGCGGGCAGUUAUUGAUGAUGCUGGUCAGAGUUUAGCAUUCAAUGAUUAUGAUCUUGAGCCAGCUAGAAUGACACUCUAUCGGUUUGGAAAUACAUCAUCUGGCGGCCUGUGGUAUGUUUUAGGUUACAUGGAAGCUAAGAAAAGGCUCAAGAAGGGUGAUAAAAUACUAAUGAUCAGCCUUGGGGCAGGUUUUAAGUGCAACAAUUGUGUGUGGAAAGUUAUGAAGGACUUGGAGGACACAAAUGUCUGGAAAACCUGCAUAGAUCAAUACCCUCCAAAAACCUUAGCCAACUCUUUCUCUAAGAUCUUAGCUUCGAUCAGUGAUGAAAGCAUGAAUUUCACCAGCCUUGAAGAUUACCAACCAUAA